UGCCACCCCGUUACUCCCUCUGGACUAAUCAUGCGUGCAAGCUCUUAUGCCGAUGAGCUUGUUAAGACUGCAUUAAGUGUCAUAACUCAUAAUUAAAACCUCUUCGACAACUUCCUUAAGAUAUAGGCUAACACUAGAAUGACCUAACGACAGAAGGAAACAAUGGUCUGUUAAACAGAAUAGCCAAAUACUUUGUUUUUAGAGAUCUAAAUCUGCAUGGGUUCUCUCAGUAAGUAAUGGCUAGAAUUGCAAGCUUUUGACAAUGAGAAACUCAAACUUUUCGGAAGAAACAAUGAUUUUACUGAUAUGGAAUUGUUGGAUGCUUGUAGCAAACUAUUGCUUCUCCAGGCCGUGAAUUUCGGCCAUGGAUGAGUCCAAUGCUACCUGUGGGAAACGUUUGGCCUCAAUCGGGCUAGAGAAUACUGACGUUAACCGCCAAGCCUACAGGACAUUGCUUGUUUCAGCUCCUGGCCUUGGCCAGUACAUCCUCUUUGAGGAAACCCUCUACCAAUCCACAACCUAUGGCAGGAAGAUGGUUGACGUCCUUGUUAAGCAGAACAUAGUCCCUGGUAUCAAGGUCGACAAGGUAAGUCUCAUGCCCCAUUUGCGGGGUAAAAUGUCUACUCUGUAGUUAUAAUGCCAAGUAGCAUCUGUAAGACUGUAACUAAGAGCUUGAUGAUAUGAAGACUGCAGGGCCUUGUUCCACUGGCUGCCUCAAACAACGAGUCAUGAUGCCAAGGUCUUGAUGGCCUCGCCCACGUUCUGCUGCAUAGUACCAACAGGGAGCUCGUUUUGCAAAAUGGUAAAAUUUUUUAUCCAUUUGGCACCCAUAUCUGAAUAUAUUUUCAGUUUUCCAUUAGCAUUUCCAUUGUGUUAUCAAUACAGCCAAGUGAUAUAAGGAUUAUAAACAUUCUUCCUGAUGAGAAACUGCUUUUCGUUCGCUUUAUGCUAUCAUUAAAGACAUACUUUCAAUUGUUAUUUAUAGGCGUACUGUGGUAAGCAUUCCCAAUGGACCAUCUGAACCUGCUGUGUAGGAAGCAGCCUGGGGACUUGCAUGCUAUGCUUCCAUCUCUCAGGUAAGAUGAAGCGAUAUUUUAUUACAGUACUGUCUUGAUUACAUUUGUUGGCAUUAGAUAAUCUUUUGAUGUUUGGUCAUGCAGGACAAUGGGUUGGUUCCAAUUGUUGAGUCAGAGAUGUUGCUUGAUGGUGACCAUUGAAUUGACAGGACUUUCGAAGUAGGCAAAAAGGCGAGGGCUGAGGUUUUCUUCUACCUUCGCCGGAACAAUGUGACGUUUGAAGGUAUCCUCCUCAAGCCAAGCAUGGCCACUCCAGGUGCAGAGUGCAAGUAUCACGGUUCUGAGACAUAUGCUUUGACUUGCACGAUUUCAGAAUUCGAAUAUUCACUCAUCCGAUAUUUUAGAUUAAUCUUUACCUGUCGC